ACAUUAGGUACGUUGUUCAGUCAGUCAGUCGUUCAGUGGCUCAGUUCAGUGUGGGAGAGCGAGCGAACGAACGCGCGUAUCCAAAACGUGGUGGUCGUGCUUUGGCUUAUUGCGUACGUAUGGUAUUCCUACCUGAUGGUUGACUGGCUGGCUCGCAAGCUGAUCCGGUCAAAUAUAAUACCUACAUUUACUUACCUGUUGAAGUCUCGUGUGUGCAUAUGCUUAAGGUGUGCGUGAUGGCGGCGCGAGGAACCUGAGCUGCGCCUACCUUUUAACGCGACUUCGCCGUCACUUAUUGCCCUGAAUAGGAAAGAGCUGCGAAGUCACCAGGGCGCAGAAAGUCGUAAAAGCUGAUCUUUGCGAACCUGAAAUGCCAGGAAGGUGUCGAAAGGUGGUGAAAAUUGUUAGUGGAAAUUAGAAAAUCGGCCACAUGUUCAGGUGAGGUUCACAACUCACUGUGAAUUGUGAGCGAUCGGAAGAAAACGAGUGCGAUUACAAGUGAAGAAUAUAACCAAAAGUCCAAUGUAAGAUCAGCAAACCCACAUCAUUUGGCAGAAAACUUGUUUGCAGCUAACGUGAAGAAAACAAUCGAAAGAAGUUAAUUUACAGUAAGAGGCAUCCGAAAAAAAAACAACUGAAAAACAAUCACCAUCAAGAGCAUCAGCGCCGUCUUGCAUCGGUGUGGAAAGUAACCAGCAACGGAUGGAAGACUUGCUUGUCAUUUCCGCCGUGGAUUAUCGGGACCGAGAGGCGCAUGCAGAUCGCAGCAUAUGAGAAAGUGCUUGUACUAAGAAGAGAACGAACAAAAAGAAACUAAAUUCGAUAUGAAUCACCAACAAGGCGUCGUUAUCACACUGUUAGCCUUACUUGCCGGAUCCUAUGCUGGAGAGUGUGGGGAAAAGUUCCGCGGAAAAUGCAGUUGUGGGCUGCAAACAUACAAUUAUCAAACUCGCUACGUCGUCAACUGUACCAACGAAGGAUUCCGGGAUGCUGCCGUGCUGGAGUACAUCCCGACGGAGACAGAGGUUGUCAUAUUCACUGGAAACUACAUCCAAGAGCUACCGUGGAACGUAUUCGGCACCAUUAACGAUCGUCUCAAUCUAUCCAUUGUGGACAUGAGCAAUAACCACAUCCAUGAGAUCCGUGGCAAAACGUAUCAUCAUGUACCGAACGUGAGACGCUUGAUUCUCAACCAUAAUAAUCUAAGUAUUUCGAGGUACGAUGACGAGGCUUUCAACUACCAUCAUCCAAGGGUAUUUUCCAACUUCGUCAACCUGAUGGAGUUGCAUCUGACGAAUGCAUUUGCUGAUAACACAUCCGCUGAGUUAUCGGCUGAUCUCCAUGAUAUCUUCGUAAGCAGUAAUCUAACGAAAUUGGUCAAACUUCAUCUCGAACAGAACGAAAUAUCUCAGUUCAACGAUAAGCGAGUGUUUUGCGAUUUCCCAGCGUUGCUGGAUUUGCAUCUUGGAGACAAUUCGCUGACUGAGAUCAAUUUCAAUAUCAGUUGUUUGAAGAAUCUUCGUUUCUUGGAUCUCGAGCGCAAUAAGUUCGAAACGUUACGACCUCGCGAUAUGCAAAUGCUCGAUACCGUACAAAGCGAAUCGGGAAGAUCGACACCCUUCAUGGUCGAUUUCACCUUCAACCCUUUCCAGUGCGACUGCACCAUUAAUCCCUUAUACGAUUGGAUGCGAAGCACCAAUGUCACCGUACGCAACCGGGACAAUCUGAUGUGCUUCCGCAAGAAGCACCAGGAACCGAUUCUGUCGCUAAACAUGAAGAGAUGCCAAAAAAUGCGAUCCGGAAAGCGAGAUCACACAGUGACGUUGGUUUUCGUUCUGAUCUGCCUUAGCUGCAUCCUGGUGGUACUGGUCGGUUCUUUGAUCUACGUGAGCAAGGACAAGCUGAAGACAUGGAUCACUCCGGUGGUGGAUCAAGUAUCGAAGAAGGUGCAGUACACAAGCAUCAAAGACGAGGAAGCUCCCGAACAGUACGUAUGAUGUAGCGCGUUAAUCCAGCGCGGACCCAGUGCACCGCGGGUGGAACAUGUGUAGAAACGCACCGACGACCGAGAAAUGUGUGAUUGAAAGCGGAACCACAGACAGGAUCUAAUCAUAUCGAUUGUAGUCAAGCUUGAAAAAAAAAUCAAAACUUGAUUAAAGCAAAUGCUGUGUACAUAGUAGAACGAGGAAACUAGAAUCGAAUCCAUGAACAAAAACUAAUUUGCAACUAAUGCUUGAAGCAAACUACUACUUAAAAGACAUGGUUAAUUGAAGUAACGACCUUAUAGGUUCUCCAGUUAUCAAUUAAUGUUUUAACAUGAUUUUAUCGUUAAGUCUAGAAUUAGGUUUAAAAGUGACUAGCACAAUUUCCAAAAACGUACUAAAACAUAAACCAGAUUGAACGAACGUCUCGACUGUAGGCAAUUGGUUAAAGCUCUAAGAAUAUUAAUAUAUUUACGAUUCAAUAAAAUGGAUUUCGAGAUGCCAUGAGAGAAAACAA